AGUGUCUUCCAGGGAAUAUGGCUACUAGUGAUCAGCAAGUUACCAUGAAUCAUGUAACUUCUUGGAAGUGUUCAUUAUAUUUGUUGACAGAUAGUCAGGCAACGGUACUUUAAGCCCUUCUUUUUUCAUUUUUUCAUUUAAUGUUUCAUAUUGAAAGAGAAAAAGCAAAUGGCUAAACAAAACUUGAAGGAGCAGAAAUCAUCAUAGCCGCAGAAUCAUUUUGCAAGUUUCCAACAAAACAAGAGCAAAUCAUUAGGCAAACCAUGCUCAUAGUGCCAAUCAACUUCCAUCAAUUUAUACCGUUAGGCCCGAGAGACUCAAAUGAUUAUGGAGCCCGGACACGCUUAAUAUAAAUUAUCCACUAAUCCUUCUUAAGCCAGAGCUAAGAAAUGGAAGCAUCAAAAACUUGGUUUCAAAGAACCAUUGGAAGCCACAGGCUUCUCAAAGCCUUUAUCUUUCUGCUUAUUGACAUGUCUUUGUGUUAUCCCUCAGAGCCUCAAGGAGAACUUCCUUAUGUGACCUCAGAUGUGAAAGAAGUCGGAGGUAAAUCCUUUGAUUACAUUGUUGUAGGUGGAGGCACUGCUGGCUGCCCUCUGGCAGCAACCCUGUCCGAGAAAUUCUCAGUGCUGUUGGUAGAACGAGGCGGAUCACCUUAUGGCAAUCCCUUGGUGUUGGAUAAGAGGUUUUAUGGUUUCUCAUUGAUUCAGACAGAUGAAUUUUCAUCAGUUGCACAAGACUUCAUAUCUGCCGACGGUGUUAGGAACUGCAGAGGAAGAGUACUUGGAGGAUCUUCAGCAAUAAAUGGCGGGUUUUACAGUCGAGCUAGCAAGGAUUUUGUCAACAGUGUCGGCUGGGAUGAGGAGUUAGUUAAGGAUGCUUAUGCAUGGGUGGAAUCUAGAAUAGUCUCCACACCUGAGUUGACACCAUGGCAGACUGUUGUUGAAUUUGCCCUUCUUGAAGCUGGAAUUCUACCUUACAAUGGAUUUAGCUUAGAACACAUUGAGGGAACAAAGAUUGGUGGAAGUAUAUUCGAUAUAUGGGGCACAAGACACACCUCAGCUGACCUGCUAAAGGCAGCAAAUCCCAAAAACAUAGUAGUUCUUUUGAAUGCAACAGUGAAAAGCAUCAUCUUCCAUAGCAAUGGCAAUGCAAGUACGACAGCAGUCCAUGGCAUAAGGUUCAUAAAGAGUGAUGGCAGCACAGAUCAAACAUAUGAAGCCUAUCUCAAUCAACCAAAGAAUUCUACUUCAUCAGGCGAUGUGAUUUUGUCAGCUGGGGCAUUAGGUAGCCCCCAAAUCCUAUUAUUAAGUGGUAUUGGACCCCAUAAACACCUCAAGAACUUCAACAUCCCACAUGUUCUAAGCUUGAAAGGAGUUGGAAAAGGAAUGAAAGAUAACCCUUGCAUUGCUGUUUUGGUAGACACAGAUCCACAAAGUCGGCAACCAGAGCCCCCUCAAGUUACAGGGAUUGCAAAAGACUUCAAGUACAUAGUUGAAGGAGGAAUUAUACCUACUAGCUUCAACGCAACAAGAAUGCCAAUAGCUGCCAAGAUUGCUUUUCCAGUAUCAGAAGGGAAGCUUACACUAAAUAGCACUGACCCUAGGCAAAACCCUUCAGUGAAAUUCAACUAUCUUGCAGAAGAAAAGGACUUGGAGGACUGUGCAAACAUGGUAAGUUUGCUUGAACGAGUAGCAAAGUCUCAAUCAGUUACCUUUUACCUUGGUGUUAAACAUCAAAAUAACUUGAUGGCUAGCACCGAUGAGCAAAGAAAAUUCUGCAAAGAGAAUGUGAAGACCUACUUCCACUACCAUGGGGGUUGCACCGUUGGGUCGGUUGUGGACGAUGACUACAAGGUUUAUGGAGUUAAGGGAUUGAGAGUUGUGGAUGGCUCAACUUUCCUGGAAUCACCAGGCACAAAUCCAAUGGCGACCCUCUUAAUGCUAGGAAGAUAUCAGGGGAUUAAAAUCCUGAGAGAAAGGGAAAAUUUUUCUUCUUCAUUCAGUACUCAACAAAGCCCUUAAUAAUUCUAUAUUUGUACUACUGACAACAAAUGCAUACUUAGCUAAAUAAAAUUAAUUAUCAUGCUUACUUCUUUUAUUACACAAUCACCUUGAAUCACAUUUUUUCCCUGGAUAAUUCUUAGAUGCAAGAAAGUAGAAUCUAUGUGAGAACAAAUUUGUAUGGGAUUGUACUGAUAAAAAUAAUUUAUUGAUACUCAUCAGCAUAUCUUAGGAAAAGACAAGUGUCUCUAUGUACAUGAUUUUCCCACAAAGAUGAAAAAAAUAAGAGAAAACUGAAAUGAAUGGCAACACAAAAAUAUUAAAAAAAAAAAAAUCUUACACAAUUCUUCUAACCCUCCAUUUCAUGA